AUGUCGCCUGCGCUUGGACUUGCUCUUUUGGCUCUUCUUCACAGCGUAAUAACUGUGACCGCACUGGUGGACUCCGAUGAUGUCAUCACGCGUGACGAGCAGAUCUUCGUGCUGAUCGGCGCUCACGCCAAGUGUGAAAAGAGCAUCAAGACGCAAAUGGCCCUCGCGCAAGAAGGCGACUGCCUCCCCGAGUGGGACGGCAUCAUCUGCUGGCCGAGGAGCGGGUCCGGCCAGCUGGUGUCAGUUCUGUGUCCCGAGUACAUCUACGACUUCAACCACGCCGGUCGGGCGUACCGCCACUGUGAUGCGUCCGGCAACUGGGAGCAAGUGUCCGUCAUCAACCGGACGUGGGCGAACUACAGCGAGUGCACCGCUUACUUGUCAGCCAAUUACAGGAGCCAAGAAGAGGUGUUUGAAAGACUGCACCUCAUGUACACCGUUGGAUACUCCAUCUCCCUGGCGUCUCUCCUGGUGGCCGUCUUCAUCCUCUGCUACUUCAAGCGCCUCCACUGCACGCGCAACUACAUCCACGUGCACCUGUUCACCUCCUUCAUAUGCCGAGCGGUCAGUAUCUUCGUGAAGGACGCCGUGCUCUACUCGGUGUCUGCCGAUGGUGCCGAAGGAGAACCCGUGCUUGCGGGACAGAAGCAGCACAUGGCUGGCUGCAAAGUGGCCGUCACGUUUUUCCUCUACUUCCUGGCAACCAAUCAUUACUGGAUCUUGGUGGAGGGCCUUUACCUACACAGCCUCAUCUUCAUGGCCUUCCUCUCCGACAAGAACUACCUGUGGGCCCUCACCGUCAUGGGCUGGGGUGUUCCCGCUUUGUUUGUGUCCAUUUGGGUCAGCGUGCGGGCGUCACUGGCAAACACACAAUGUUGGGACAUCAGCGCUGGAAACCUGAAGUGGAUUUAUCAAGUUCCCAUUCUGGCAGCCAUUGUAGUGAAUUUCCUGCUCUUUGUCAACAUCAUACGUGUGUUGGCCUCCAAAUUAUGGGAGACCAAAACUGGGAAACUGGAUCCUCGGCAACAAUACCGGAAGCUUCUCAAGUCCACACUGGUGCUCAUGCCCUUGUUUGGGGUCCACUACAUGGUCUUCAUGGCGCUGCCUUACACCGAAGUAUCCGGGCUGCUGUGGCAGGUGCAGAUGCACUACGAGAUGUUCUUCAACUCAUCGCAGGGCUUUUUUGUGGCUUUCAUCUACUGCUUCUGCAAUGGCGAGGUGCAGGCAGAGGUGAAGAAGGCGUGGCUAAGGAGAAGUCUAGCACUGGACCUCAAACAAAAAGCCAGGAUUACCAGCAGCAACGGCGGAGGCAGCUGUUACUACGGCGGCAUGAUGUCCCACGCCACCACGACGCACAGCGUCUGCAUGUCCGCCGCCAAUCACAAGGCGCUUCCCCUCGCCGGAGGGAUGGUCGGCUACGCCGGCGGCGCGUGUGGGGGGUCGGGGCUCAGGCUGCCCCGCCAGGCCGCCCUCCAUCCGCAGAGCAGUCUGCCGAGAUACACGGCCAGCGAAUGCGAGAGCUCAGCGAUGGCGGCAAGGAGGUCGGGAGGGCCCGGGCCCGGGGGGGUCUUUGCGAGGCAUGCGAGAGGUAGCAAGAAACACGAUGAGGCUAAAAGUUCUCCGGCAGAGACGCCCGGGGAAGGUGAUCCGGACACUUCUUUGUCUGUAAAAGAGCUAGAGACUGUCUUGUAA